AAGAAAGUUGGAAACCGGCGAAAAACGAAUUAAUUUUCAUGAAGAAUGAAAAAUUUGGAGAAAUUUCGUUUAAGCUGUUGGCAAGAAUGCCCUGAAGAUGUCAACGAACCGGUGGUAGACCGUACAACAAGUAAAAUGGCGUAAAAUAAUACAUAAAAUUAAUAUUUUUCCGUGUUUCGUGUUCACGUUUUUGUUUCUCUUUUUUUAUUGCUCACUGGUAUUUUUGGUUAAAAUUGGUUCAGAAUUGGGGAAAGGAUGAGCAGCAGGGCGAAGUCCCGACCUACAAAUACGGACGUUUGUGCCGAUUGUGGUGCUAACGAUCCCACUUGGGCUUCCGUUAAUCGAGGUAUAUUAUUAUGCGUCGAAUGUUGUUGUAUUCACCGUAAUCUUGGUAGACACAUUUCUCAAGUGAAAUCGUUACAUCAAAGUACAUGGAAUGGAAAUUUAUUAACGAUGGUCCAAACUUUAAAUAAUAGUGGAGUAAAUAAUAUGUGGGAACAUACAUUAUUAGAAAAUGGAUCAAAACUGAACAAAAAGAAACCAAAUCCAAGAGAUCCUUUAGAUACGAAAGCCGUUUUUAUUAAUGAAAAGCAUGAACAAUGUUUAUUUGUAUUCCGUCCUAAUAAUGAAGAUGGUCUUUUAUGCGUCGAAAAUGAAUUGGGUAAACAACUUCAUGCUAGUGUUCGCACUAACAAUUUGGAUACAUCAUUCAGACUAUUAAUCCAAGGGGCUGACCCAAAUUUUUUUCAUGAUGAAAAAGGAACCACACCUUUGCACGUAGCAGCUAAGAAAAAUCAAGUUUUACAAGCAGAAUUAUUAGUCGUUUAUGGAGCAGACCCUACAUACCCCGAUUUACAUGGAAAAACCCCUAUAGAUUAUGCAAAGCAAAAGGGUCAUAAAGAUUUAAUGAUUCGUUUAAUGGAAAUGCAAUAUGAAGUCACUGAUAAAUUGAGUGUUUAUUUGUGCCAGCGGAAACCAGAUCAUCAAAAUGGAGUUCAUUUUCUUAUUCCAAAUAAUGGACCAAAAUCUGAUCAAAUUAUUAAUAAUAAACUUAAAAAAUUACCAAACCGACUAUUUGAAGAAUUAGUUGCCGAUGUUUACGACGAAAUCGAUCGGAGAGAAAUCGAAGCGAUUUGGUUAAGUAGCUCAGAUUCGGUUAAAUUAAACGCAACACCGUUUCUUCCUGUUGAUAAAACAUUAUCGAGAACUCGAAAUCAAAGCAGACAAAAAUUAGGUAAAUUUCUGUCCCCCGAAUUAAGGGCUUUAGUUUACGAUAUUUUGGUUGACACGCAACGGCGAAUAAUUGCAUCGGAACGAGUUUCGUUAAUUAACAAAGGAAUUAAUUUACCGAAAUUGAGAGAAGUUUCGCAAUUAACUGAUGAUGAUCCACUUUAUGAUUCAGUCGCAUCAGAUGAUGAUUACGCCAUAGUUGCUGAUAAUGAAGACAAAAAUGAUAUUGAUGGAAAAAAUUUAAUAAGAAAAGACGAUAACGACAAUAUGUUUUGCUUAAAAGAAGAAAAAGUUGAAGUGGUUGAAUUAACGAAGAAAUUAGAAAUGUCUGAUACAAAAAUUUCAACUCUUCAACAAGAAGUGGUGAAUUUAAAGGCGGUUAUUGAGAAAUUAAAUUCGGAAAAUACUGAAUUAAGAACGCGAUUAUCGCACGCCGAAACGAAUUCGUUACAUAGUUUUAAUGGAAUUGAUAGUGGGUGUAGUUCCUUGGACGGGUUUUUAAGUGAAUCUAAAUUCGUUAACGGUCAAAUUCCAGCAUCUCCCGUUGAUUUAAGAAAUCGUAGACAAAUCCGUCCGUUAAGUAUGUACGAAACUCGCGAAGGCUUAAAAACCCCAAAUUGGCAGAAUAUAAAAAAUCAAUUAAAACAUAACACAGAAAAUCAAAUGCGGACAACAACGAGUUUAUACAACACAAAUUCAUACGGAAAUCCGAUUUUAUAUUGUACAGAACAAAUAACGAAAGCAAUUCAACAAUUGAUGCAAAGUGCUCAAGAUACAAAUGCUCGAGAUCAAUGUUUAACGCAAUCUGAGAAGAUUAAAGUGGCUGUUUUAGCGUUAGUUGCAAAUAUUCCGGUUGAAAAUAAAACUGAGGCAACUCGAAAUUUAUUGGAUAAUGUUUAUCGUUUACAGAGUGCUUGUUCAAAUUUUGUUAAAGCUAAUAAAACGGGGGAUCAACAACAAUCACAGUUAUGUUUUCAAGGGAUUAGAGAAUGGGCUUAUGAAAUAGCUAAAGAAACAAAACAGAUUGUUACAAAAUAUAAUAGUGGUUAAGGUGUAAUUAACAUAAAGAAAUAAGGAGGUGCAAUAAAAAUGAAGAAAGGAAGAAUCGAUAACGUUAUAGUAUUCUUUUUAAUAAUUUAAUAACAGUUUUAUUAAGUAAUGAGUCGCAAAAUUUGACUCAAAUAAUAUUCAAUUUAAUUUAAACAAAUUAAAUAAGGUUUUAUAUACACUGACUGAAUAAUUAAUAGAAAUCUAUAUUAUUAUUUACAAAAUAUAUUAUGUAUAAAGAAAGAGAAAAAAGUUAA